CAGCUAGGAAUAACGUAAACAAGCUAGAAGUUGAUGACAAUACCGUUACAACUCCAGCUUCAGUUUUCGCUAAUGAGAUCUGAUAAGUAUAGUUUGCCAUAAACCACUGCAACAUAAUACACGAAUGUUAGCGUAUCGAUACCGGUACUGUUCUCGGAAGUUGAUAAAUUGCUACAUACAAGUAAACAAAACAUAAGUGCAAUCUUAGCAACUUUUUGCACAGAAAAUUUGUUGGCUUGUCGCCUCACAUGUUCUCCAGCUCUUAAGCUAGCUUGGUAACUAAGUCUCGCUAAUAAUGCUUCUGUGGCAUCAGUUUCUGACAUAUGCCUGACUUCUGCUAACUUACUAAAUCGGACAGAACGUAUCGAUGAAUCAUCACUUUCUGUGCCUGAGGAACGAUCACAAUGAUCUGGUGUUUUAAUUGGAACAAAUGUUGGAUCACUCUGCAAUAAUACAGCACCUUGUUGUUACAAAUGCUAAUAACGAAUGAAGGGAUACUUACCAAACUUGUGUUGGCUUCUGAGUAGAAGUUAUCAUCCUCAACAUUAGGAUCUAUAAACUAAAAAAGAAAAUAAAAAGCAAACAUAAAUAUAAUUUUUUUAAGAAUGUUAUUUACAUCGAAAUUUACCAUGUAUGUUGCAGGCUUAUUACACUGAUCCCGCCAAGGUGGCCAGAAACAUAAACCCAGCAGAUAAAGUGUAAACAUAGAUGUUUUUACAUAUGUACUAAAAAAUGGUUUCUCAAAUGCAGCUUCCCUAUAAAUGUACUGAAACAUAAACCAUACGUUAGUACACACAAUCUGAAGCGUGUAGCAGCAAGAACUCGUUACAAUACAAACUGUACAAACAUUGUGACAUAAAUCACCAGUGUGUAAUGUGUACUGGGAAGGUAACAGAUAGUAUGGAGGCAGGAAGCAAAGGAUUAAAACAGGGAACAAAAAAACAAUGUUCAAGGUUUCCACUACUUUAAUGUUUUCUUUUCAGCUACAAGUUUUUCUUUCUGACGGUGUUCGAUAGAACGUGACAAAAAUUACAAGGACGUAUGUAUCUAUAAAAAAGCGAUUGAUGGUUUUGUGACUGAUAACAGGUGGAUAAGCGGCAAGUGUGGGACCAUACUGAAGAUCAACAGAGAUACAACUCACAAUAAUAGGCAACCCUCACUUUGCAACACUGGCAACUAAUACUAUGCAGUAUUCCUACAUCUUGCUACUAUAAGAGCACAAGCACCGUAUGUCCACUGAUCAACCGUCCGGUCAACACCGUUCACUCGCCGAGCUACAGUUUUUAUAUCCGAUUUACGGGAUUCUCUUUUCACAACGUAUUCCCCUCUGUAACUUAAAUGUUACAAUCUUUCAAUGUUUCCCUCGUUAUCGUUUCAGAACAACUACCCGUAACCAUGUUGAUGCGCUGCCGACGUCUCGUAGUUUUUGUUAUCACCCCGAUGGCGCUGCGUGUCUUACCCAGGGCAGCUUUACGUGCAGCUGACAUUAAAUUAACUACCGGUUUUUCCAAUAAAUUAUUUCUUUCCUCGAUCUUCUCAUAAGUAAUCUCUUUGACAGUCUCAAUGACUCUACAGUACAGCUCUAACACGAUGCCUUUUUUUACUCAGACAUACAAGAUCUACUACAAGUAGAUUAAGCUUAAGUAACAAUUCACGUAUCAUUUAUUCAAUUCUAUAUCAAUUCAUUUAUAUUUAACUGUAGCGCUCAAAAACAAUUCAGAAAGUUUUAUUCUAAAUUAAUACAAAUGUCGCAGGUCUGAAUUAUCCUGCCUUGGCUGACAAUACUACUCCAUGUAUAUAUAUACAGAACCUAGGAAGGAACAAAAUACUUCAAGUAAUCAUCAGAAUAUCUCCACGUUCAAUGUACUCGUUAAUUUUAUACGGAACCGUCUAAUCCGCUGUGAAACGAGCUUAACGAAACGGUUGUCAUGACAAGCAACGGCAACAACAUACCACUGAAGUUCUACCGUAACGAUGCACAGUACGAAUGGUGUUGUGUAACGUUGUUUUUAGUAUUCCAACAAUGGCGAACAGUAUCCUCAGUAAUGGCCGGAUUCAGCAACAAACGACGGCGUCGCAGCGGAUGAGAAGCGAUAAAGGGAAGAAAGCUCCAGAAGUGCCGGCGAUAGAGAGCAACAAUUGGUUGCUGCAUCGGCAUUACACGCGGCACGAGUACAAGACCUGUAAAAUCCUGAUUGACCAGGAACUGUCGAAAUCGAACGGGCACAACGAGUACGCGAAUUACCUGAAAGGCUUGAUCCUCAGGAGGGAGGGAAGAGUGCAGGACUCGUUGAACUGCUUUCAGGCGGCUUACAACGUCAAUUCGACGAACGUUAAUAACGUGAAACAGAUCGCGAAGUCGCUUUUGAUAAUGGGCAGUCACAGGCGUGCGAUCGACGCGUAUUUGGAGGCUGAGAAGAUACUGAACGUGCCUGACUGGGAGAUUUAUCUGAACCUAGGCGAGUGUUACACCAAGUUGAACGAACUGGCCGAGGCGAAAAGGUGUCUGAAGAGAUCGAUCGAGCUAACUAAGGACGAAUCGCCGUACAUCGCCCUGGCCAGGGUUUGUCUGCUGGAGGAUCAAGUGAACGACGCCCGGAACGCUUACACCGCGGCUCUUAGCGGGAAUCCCGAGUGCAUCGAAGCCGCGACGGAAUUGGGUCUGCUGUAUCUUAAAAUCGGCGAUGUUCAGCGAGCGUUCCAGCAAUUCGGGACCGCGCUCGCCCAUUCCCCGAAUUGCACCAGGGCGAUUCUACCGAUUGCCUACAUAAUCCAGAAUCACCAGGAGUACGACGUGGCGUUGUCCAAGUACAAGCUGGCAGCGCAGUCGAUCCCGGAGUCGCACGCUUUAUGGAACAACGUGGGAAUGUGCUUCUACGGGAAACAGAAAUUCGUCGCUGCGAUCACCUGCUUGAAGAGAGCACACUACCUGAGCCCGAUGGCCUUCCUGCCAGCUUACAAUCUCGGCAUGGUUCUGCUGACCACUGGGCAACCCGCAUCAGCCGCUGUCUACCUGUGUGCCGCGGUCAGCGCCGAUUCCAGCAACCCUAUGGCCUAUCUUCUGCUUGGACUCGCCCUGAAACGCCUGGACGACCUGGAAGGCGCGGAGAAGGUGUUGCAGAAGGCGCACGCGUUGUCGCCCCAGGAUCCUCUGAUAUUAAUUAAUUACGCGAUCACCCUGAGCGCGCUGGGAAACACCGGCGGCGCCGAGGAACUUUUAACGUCGCUGAAUGAUAUCACCGCUGUCAUCGACGUGGACGCGCAGAUAACGCAGACGGCGAAGAGGCUGUCGACGAAACUUCAAGCAGACAAGGCGUCCGGCGACGAAGCGACCAGAGUCCUCAGCGAGGACGAAGUUUGAAGUUGCCGUCGCCGACGGCUGAAGGGUGUCGAGAAAGCCCGUGGAAAUGAAUAAAACUCGCCUGCACGUUCGACUUCGUCUCGUUUCAAAGAGUUUAUGAAGACCAAUCCUCCUUCCUCGGGCUCCCGGAUUAUUCAGAACUUUCGCCCCUUCUUCUCGACCCGCCGCUGAUUCUUCAGUCAUCCGUUUCCUCGCUCGAACGCGCCACGUGUCGAGGAGACCCAGUUUUCUCAACGCUGGAACCACCGAGCCUAUCAAAAGCUUUGACAGUCGUUCUGAACUGAAGGGAAUAUAUCGUCAGGAUUUUUGCAAGGAUCACAUGUUGAUCCUAUCAACCUCUUACUGGAAAGACAUACCACACAUGAGAUGAUUUCAUUCCAAAAUUGCUAUCUUACAUACCGACACUCUUGUACUCAUUUCAGAUUACUUUGAAAUGCAUCGCUCUAUGCAAUAUCAUUCAGAAACAAAAUUACUGAUAAAUCUGCCUAAAAUAAGUAAGAACUCCCCACGCGAGAUUUUGCCAAAUCUUCAUUUCCAGUUGAAUGCCGCACGAUUUCAUGGUGCAAAAUACUUGAAAUGGAAAAAAUAUAAUAUUAAAUCAUUUGAUUGAGUUGCAUUGUUAGUAUU